CAACGCCGCCACGCAGCCUAUCAGGCCGUGCUUCGCGCUCUCUUGCGCAUCGUUUCCUCAACAACCCCCGACUGAUUUUCCCGCGCAACCCCUUCGACUCGGCAGCCUCAGUUGCGCGCGUUCCAGGCUGCCAAAACGUUCUCCGGGGCACCGGAAAUGCCCGAGAACACCGAGAGAACCUCGCCGAGUAUCAUCCCUCGACCCUGUUCCAUCCCCUAACAGAACUCUCGAAUUAAUUAUCAGCCCUCCGCGUAAAGCUGAUCGACGCGCGGAGUGUCCGAGUGCGCCGACCACGGAACGCCGCCGGAUUUCGGGUCGAAUUCUCCUCCGCAGUGAUUAGAAUAAUAUCUCGAUGAAUCGGCGCGGGGGAGCUUCGCCAGGGGGUUGUUCCGAGGGAGGAAGAUAACCGGCGCGCGGCCGGUUCCUCGGGGUGCGAUGGGUCACAGUGAAUUCGAGGCAGAUCCGAACGACAGCUUCGUCUGGUGGAGUGUGUUUUCUUGAGCCUCGUCGACUGCACAGUUCGUUUGUUCUCUCUCCCUCCCUCUCUCUCUCUCUCCCCCUAUUUCUCUCUCUCCCUCUCUCUUUGACAUUUCGAAAGAGCAGAAUUUUGGUCGGUUAAAUGGUCCCUCUGUGAGGGUGUAUGUGCGAGUAAAUUACGAGUGUCACGUUCCGCGGGGAAACAGGCUGGAACGAUGGAUGCCGCGCGAGCCGGUUCGUUUGAUGAUUGAAAUCUGCAGGAGAGAUCGAACGAUCGCGUAACGAAUCGACGGAAAAAGCUCGACGGUGUGCAACCGUUGCAACGCUUGCCACGGUACGAACGCUGACGUUCCGAUAGCUUUCGGUUGUUUCGUGCCGUCCGGAGGACCGUUCACGGGCUGAUCCGUCUGUCAAAUAGGGGAUCGACCGGAUGUGUCCACUUUUUACGCGACACUGUCAUCGGUUAAGGACGUAAGAGGACGGCGGGAAAGUAGCCCUUCGACUGUAUCGCGGAGCCCGAGCAUCGUGAAAGCCGGAAAGCAGCGGAUCGGAAACAGAAGAUAGUUUACGAAGUUCACGUGUUCAUCUAGGUUAUCCAGAAAUCACAUUGCGGUCAGCGGCGAGUGGUGUCCCGGCUGGGAACCAUGUAGAGCCGGGAGCGGUCCUCGGAGGGUCUGUGAAGCUCGCAUUGUUCGGCGAUCGGUCGUCGGAUCGACGACGGCGCCGUUCGUCGACGGCGGUCCUCCGUCCGGGCGAUCGCUUGUUACCGGGAAGCGGCGCUGGCAAGCGUCCCGUCCGCAGCGGGGAGAGACUUGGCAAGUGGCAACGGCCUUUACGACCGGCGAGAAGAUGAAGGCCAGCCUGGUACGUCGGCUCGUCGGCACGUCCGUGACCUAAGGCCGGCGGUCGGGUCUCUUCCGGCCGAAGAGGAGCAGGAGAACAAGGCCAAGGGCAACGGGGUAGAAACUGGUCGGCUUAGCAUGACGACGAUCGCGAGCACCUCCGAGCCAACGGAGGUGUCCUCGGUGGACGUGACGACCCUGCUGACCGCGAUCUCGACCGAGGAGAGCCAGUUCGGGAACGGCAGCUACGCGAACGACCAGAAGUGGUCCGUCCCGACGACGAUCGCGAAGGGCUGCCUGCUGGGCUCGAUCAUCCUGACCGCGAUGUUCGGCAACCUUCUGGUGAUGGUGUCGGUGAUGCGGCACAGGAAGCUGCGCAUCAUCACCAACUACUUCGUGGUCUCGCUGGCCCUGGCCGACAUGCUGGUGGCGAUGUUCGCGAUGACGUUCAACGCGAGCGUCCAGCUGACCGGCCGUUGGCUGUUCGGCUACUUCAUGUGCGACGUCUGGAACUCGCUGGACGUCUACUUCAGCACCAGCUCGAUCCUCCAUCUGAUGUGCAUCUCGGUGGACCGUUACUGGGCGAUCGUGAAGCCCCUGAAGUACCCGAUCAUCAUGACCAAGAGACUGGCCGCGUACAUGCUGCUCGCCUGCUGGAUCAUGCCGGCGUUCAUCUCGUUCGUCCCGAUCUUCAUGGGCUGGUACACCACCGACGAGAACAGCAUGCACAGGCGCAAACACCCCGAGCUCUGCGAGUUCAAGGUGAACAAGAUCUACGUGAUAUUCUCGUCGAGCAUCUCCUUCUGGAUACCGUGCACGAUCAUGACGCUCACGUACUUCGCGAUAUUCAAGGAGGCCAACAAACAGGAGAAGCAGAUGCACAGCCGCAUGGGGAACGUGAUGCUGCUCAGCCACAGGCCCAGCAAGGACCUGAACAAUCUGAACGGCGAGCUGAACAGCGCCGGUUCGUCGAAGACGCUCACCCUCAACGAGAUCAGCACCGAUCACCUCCACACGCCCACCAAGGACAAGAACAUCAUGAAGAUGAAGAGGGAGCACAAGGCGGCCAGAACGUUAGGCAUCAUCAUGGGGACCUUCAUACUGUGCUGGUUGCCGUUCUUCUUGUGGUACGUGAUCACGACCCUCUGCGGCGAGUCCUGUCCGUGUCCCGACAUCGUGAUCGCGCUUCUCUUCUGGAUCGGAUACACGAACUCGGCGUUAAACCCGCUGAUCUACGCGUACUUCAACCGUGACUUCCGAGAAGCCUUCAAGAACACGCUGCAGUGUGCUUUCUGUUCGCUCUGCAGACGAGAGCCGUCCGACCUCGAGGCGCUCGAUUUCCGUCGACCGUCCCUAAGGUACGACGACCGCACUAAGAGUAUAUACUCGGAGACGUACGUCAAGCACACCGACCGACGAAGAUCGAGCGAGUAUGGUAGCAGUCUCUGAGAUGAGACGGGAGAGCAACUUUAUACGUUAAACUGUAUUCGCAAUAAGAUACGCGUAACACGUGCAUACGCCCACCAAUACAUCCGUACCGUCAUCCACAUGAACUCGCACACGGAAUACGCGCGAGCGCGCGUCCCAUACACACGUACACGCGCACACAACACCCAAACCAACGAUGUGUCGAGUGAACAACCACGUUGAACGCGUAGACUCGCGACCAUAGAGAUUCUCCGUUACGUUGCCAAACCAAAAAGACAAGAAACACAUACAUGCAUACGUACGUACGUACAUGCAUACACGCACAGGCGCGCGAUAAAAAGCGAAAGGAGGAAAACAUGAAUCUGAACAGGUACUCGCAUCCUCGACAAUUUCGAACCGGUCCCGUGUAUUUUCGGUUUCGAGAGGCCCAACGGUGGCCGUCCUCGAGCUGCGCGAAGCCCUCUGUUCGUGUACGGCCAUUUUUACAGAAGCAAAAAUAUAUAUAUACAUAUAUACGUUCCUAGAAAAGAAACUCGCAACGAUUGCGAGGUCGUUGAUGAUUUUGCGCCGAUGCUUCCACGAUUGCGAAUGCAGUAAUUUUUCCGUAAUUCGCGCUCGGAUUGCGCAGAAAAAUUGACGAUUUUGAGAGAGGUGAUACGAUUAUUCGAGCCUUGCG